AAUGACAGAUGCAAAUGUAAAUCAGACACUAUUGGCAAAUAUGUUUGAUUCAGACUUUCAAUCGCAUCUUAAAGCAACUGACGUACUAAGUGAGGACUUGGACAGUAACAGAAAUGGAACAGUUGCCAAUUUGGAUCUCAUAUUGAAAUGGUUCUCGCUGCGAUUCUUUAACACAAAGACGUCAGUUUUGUUAGAAGGACUGACAUAUUUGCGGGCUGUUUUUACCGAAUUGAUUCCACGAGAAUAUGUGUUGUCUGAUUAUGAGGCAUCAUGCUUCGUUCCGUAUCUGAUUCCGAAGAUUGGAGAUCGUACGGAUACUGUCCGAGAACUGCUCAGCCUUAUCAAACUGGUGUAUCCAGCUGAAAAUUUUUUUGCAAUUAUGAUGAAAAGUUUGAAGUCAAGCCAAAAUGCAACAGCGCGCGCUGGUGAGUAA